GCAUCGCAUUCACAAGAUGAUCAAUUUUAAAGUUUCUUCACAACAUUUUAGUACCAAUUAAGGAUUUCACAAUGCAUAUCUUAUACUCCUAUAAUUCAUUUUUCCAACUUCCUUAUUUUUUUUUUAUGCCCACAUCAAAAUUUAUAAUUAAUUAUUUCUACCCAUCAUAAUUUUCUUUUUUUCUAUAAAUACUACAAGAAAUUAUAACGGGCUUUCAAAUGUAGAUUGGGCCCUUGAAUUCCAAGGUCGGCCCAAAUGGAAACGACGCCACCAACCAUUUUCGCCCAUCGCUUCUCAUGCUCUCUCUCUCUCUCUCUCUCGGAUACUGACAUCAUCAUCAAUGGCUACUUCACUGGCUGUCAUGGCAGCCCGCAGGGCUGCAAACACUACUCGUCUCGCACAUACGACCUCAUCAUCUAUUCGACCUGCUUCUCUGAUUCCGCGUCGGAGACCCUCUGGUACUAUUUCUUCAAUUCGAUGUUACCGUUCCUUUCUUCGUUUCGACGAAUAUGUGGCUACGGAUAAUUGUGGUUUCGUUUUUAGAUUCCCUCCACGGGACGCCGAAGGUCAAUAUCUGUCCAGGUUCGUUAAUUCCAUCCAGAUGGAAUACACAGCAUGUGAGUAUUAUAAUAUUGAUCCUUUGAUGUUUAAGGAUUGUUUGGAUUCUCUGCUCUGUUGUUCUAACCAAACGAAAUGAAUACCUAAUUAAGAAAAUUUGAAGGAUAAGAAAGCAGUCAUUUUGGUUUGCAAGAAUUUUGGAUUGAACUGGACUAUUGGGAGAGAGUCAUUUUCAUUCUAUGUGCUUCUACAAUUUACUCUGCACUUAUUAGAUUAUUGGUGCUAAAUGGUGUCUCCUCAAAUCACAUGUAGGCUCUGGCUACUCUUUCUGCAAAACCUUUGCACUUGACACUUUUUUCAUUAAAAGGUGACUGAGAAUUCGAACCUAUAAUCACAUUAAAUGACCAAUACAACAAACUCAAGAUUAGACUGGGGAGGGAUCAAAGGUUAUUUUGCCUGAUCUCAUUCGGCAGGCCAGUAUGCAGUUUCUAUGCCUACCUCUGCAAUCUGCAUGGCACUUUGUAGCAUGGAGAAAUUAGCUCGUGAAUGGCCAUUAUAUUGAUUUUCUGUUGCACCAUAGAAUGAAAAUAUGGAGCAAGUGUUAUGUUGCUGCAAAGUUUACAUAUCUGAAAGCAGAAACAAGGCAGCUUUGGACGCCAUAGAAAUGGCGGCAAAAUUGUAUCCAGAAGCCCCCAUAGUCAACAAGUUUGAGGAUGUACCGUACAACAGAGUUGGGUACACAUUGGUCUCGAAGAUGGGCCCAGACCCUAAUUCAACAUCACCACUGAAGAAUGCUGUUUUCAAAAUGGUUGAGGCUGCUUUUCAGGAGAUUGAUCUUGGGAGGCACUGUGGGAGUCAUCCCAGGCUUGGUGUCGUUGACCACAUCUGUUUCCAUCCCUUGCUUGGGGUUUCUUUGGAUCAUGUUGCAGGGAUUGCAAAGUCUUUGGCUGCUGAUGUUGGCUCAAGGCUUCAAGUUGCAACCUUCUUAUAUGGAGCAGCACACUAUGAGGGAAGGUUGCUCGACUCCCUCAGAAGGCAGUUGGGAUAUUUCAAGCCAAACGCCACUGGAAACCAAUGGGCAGGAGGGCCGGAAUCAGAAACUCUACCACUGAGCCCCGACGAGGGCCCUCCUCACGCUGUUCACAGAAAAGGCAUUGUGGUGAUCGGAGCUACCCGGUGGGUUGACAACUACAAUGUCCCAAUAUUUUCUAAUGACAUGGUCACAGUUCAAAGAAUCGCAAGAAGAGUCAGCGGCAGAGGAGGCGGGCUCCAAUCUGUGCAAUCGGCAGCUCUCGCCCACGGUAAAGGCAUAAUUGAGGUGGCUUGCAAUUUGCUGGACACAAGUAAAGUUGGUGGCAAUGAAGUUCAAGUAGAAGUUGACCGUUUAGCCAGGAAAGAGGGGCUCGAUGUGGGAGUCGGGUAUUAUACUGACCUUUCACAGGAUAAAAUCAUCGAGUGUUACCUGAAGCAGCUUUCUUCUUGAUAGCAUUUCCAAGGUAAGCUAGGAUUAGAUGAAACUAUGCAUGCUGUUUCUGCAUUCUUGAUUCAAUUUUGGUGCCUGAUACACUGCAAUUUGCUUCAGGGCUCCUUAAAUACUAUUCCUAGUUCUGUAUAAACGAUCUCAUCUAUCCUGAAAGAUUAGUUUCAAGAUGACGGAUGAACUCCUUCAGAAUAUUAUUUUUAUCAGUAUCAUGUACUGAUAUCCUUCAUUUCUUUUAUACUAUAAUGUUAAUUAUAUUUAAAUUAUAAUAUUUGUUACUAAUUUGUAAAUAUUAGCUAAUUUAUUGUGUACAUAUACAUUAGUAUUUUAAAAUUUUAAUAUUUAUACAUUUUCUUUAUUAAGGGCUAAAGUGCUUAUUAUAUUUAUAUUUUUUUGUACAUAAUAUCUGAAAUCAGGGCUUUUAACUAUAUUGUUGAAUCAUACCUUCCAUAUAAAUUAGGGAAAAUAAAAUGAAUUAAUAUUAUAUUUAUUCUCUAAAAUAUAAACAUAAUAAUAAUAUAGGCAUAACAUUGUUUUAUUUUAUAAUCUUACUGAUUACAAUUAUAUUCUAAGUUGAAAAUUAUCCGGGUGGUCCAAAAAGAAUUCAUCCAAGCAAAGUAAAAUAAAUAAAACAAACAUAUGCCCGUUGAAGAAUAAAAAAUAAAAUAAAA